CAAGGGAAAUUUUUUCAGUCGCAGAAGAUAUUUAUUUUAAGCAGGUUGUUGGUGUGUGCACAAUGCUGGAAGCAUUACUGGUGGAAGAAAAGUGAAAUUACAAGAAAAAUAACAAAAAUUUUUAAAAUUUCAAUCUAAUUAAGAAGUUAAAUAACAGAAAAAAACAAGGAAUUUAAAAAAGUACAAGUCGAAAAGAUUGUUUUAAUCAGAUUUCACAAUAAUUUUUUUGUUCAUGUGUUACACUAAAAAAUAAAUAUUGUGUAUUUAAAAAGUGUGCACAAAAAAGCUUUUAUACUUCAAAAUUAAACACUUCAAAGUUAAGUCUUAUAAAUGUAAAGACACUUAAUUAAAAGUUGAUCGACAAUUUGUUGCUGUUGAGACGUUAUUGAGAUUAAUUUGAUUCGCGUUUGUUUUUGCCAAAUUUGGGAUUUGCGUUGAUUCCAACAAUUCAUAUAGCAGCACCAAAAUAUGCGUUUCAAUAAGGCCGAAUUAGCGACAUUGGCCUCAAAUCCCACAAUAAAAUUUGAAAAAGAAGGACUUUUAAUUAUAACUGAAAGACAAGAGGGUUUCUUUCGCAAGGCAGAAGUUAACUACCCUCGUUGGUGUAAAUUGCGAGGCAAUUUGUUAUUUUAUCUUAAAGAUCACGAUCCACUAUCACAGCCAGCCGGCGUAUUGGUUUUAGAAAAUUGUCGCCCUUUAAUACGAAGUGAAGAAAGAGAAUUUGACGGUUUUGUAUUCAUAUUAGAGUUUGAAGGCAGUUUACCUCAGCGCAUUUCUACGCGCACAGCCAAAGAACGUUUAGAUUGGGUUAAGAGUAUUCAGCUGGCUUCAUACUCUUACUUAAAUAAACAAAUACAAUAUUUGGAAGAACAAAUUGCAAUAAAUAUGGGCAAUCGUAUUGAAAAGGGUUUGCCCUUAUACACGCCCGCUAACGAUGCCACCCUAUUGGCGGGACUUUUAGAUUUGAACUCUGCCAAAAGUUCAAAGGCGAACGUCGAAGAAGAUUUAUCAGAGAUACCGAUUUGUGAAUCUGCAUUAUCAUGUGAUAAUUUACCAUGUUCUGAUAAUGGUCGCCUGCCCUGCCCAAGAGUUGUAUGUGCUGUACUCAUCUCUGGAGAUGAUAUAAUUUGGCGAGAUUACGCUCGUACAGAAAUUAUAGAAAAUUGUAAAAACCCUCAAUUUUUGUGUACUAUGAACUUUAAAAGUAGUGAUGGUUUUAAUGCUGAUACUCCCCUUAGAUUCACAGUUUACGAUGUUAGAGAAAAAGUUUCGUCUACAUCGGUACCCAUCGGUUAUGCUGAAGUGGUUUUAGGUGCAAUUCAGGAUGCCACUCGAUUUCGCAUACCUUUAAGAUCUGUUCAUGGCGAAUGUGGUUUUAUAAAUAUUGCUUCAUGGGCUCCAGAUACUGAUAAGCAACUACAACCUCCGCCACGAUCUACUACGCAGGUUUUCGAACAACACACUAAAGGUCAUAGGCGUACACAAUCCUUGCCACCAAAAUUAGGAGUGAAAUUAUUUGUACCCUUCCAAGGCAGUAUACAAAGAAUAUUUGCAAAUCCAAAGAUACACACCUAUAGGCUUAACUCCAGUCUAGGUGCUGAUAUUAGUGUUCACGAAACCUUAAUGGAAUCAAAAUUAUGCUUCUGUAUACCACAUCAGCUAUUAUCAAUUUGGAUUUUACGUGAAAAGGAAUUGCUGCAGGAGAUUUCUGGAAUGGGCGAACUUGGCGGUGAGUGGAGGCGUAAACAAAUGGAUUUGUUGGACAAACAUUUAAAACUGCUAAAUGACUAUUCACAAGCUAAACAAAAUUUACAACAACUUAUAAAAGAAGAAGGUACUUUCUUUAAAAAGUCUUCAGUAAAAACAGAUGAAUCUUUAGAAUUUAUACCAGUAAAUUUACAUUUACAACGCAUGUGGUCACAAAAUGACUCAUUAAAUCGCACUGGCGUUCUAGACAUCAUAACAGUGGGAGCAUUUACCAGACAUGCUGGUAAAAAGGGCAAAGGAGGUUUAAUUAAACUUUUACAAGAAACCAAAGAAUCGCCAUCGAAAUUUGAAGUGAGCAAUAAUUGCAAAGUACAAGCCGCAAAUGACGCUGUACAGGCAAUCAAGCAAUUACGCAAAGAGAUUGUCGAGAUAAUGUCUCAGUUGCUAGCAUUGGCAAAGCAAAAAUCAAAGGGGAUGAUGCCUUUGUGCAAUGAAAUGGUUACAAAAACCAAAACAUUAUUAAAUAUUUGGGAGCCAAAUUUAGUGGAAGAAGCCUUCUCAUUCAUUGAACAACAUCGUAUUAUCGAAGAACCAGAUAAUGUUUUAAUGCCCAUGUCACCUUUUCGUAAAAUUACUCAGCAGUUGAAUGAUUUGGAAUUAAAGUCUCCUGAACUGGAAGAUUUUUCUACACCUGUCAUAGCACCACCCGAUUUAUGGCCUAGAGCUAAGACACCAACAACAAAUUUUAACUAUAAACUCGUUCGCUCCAAUAGUUUGACCCAAUUGAAAAAUUCACCUUCGUUAACUUUAGACAUUGACGCCAUACACAACCUUCAGCACACAGUACGGGCAUAUAAUGAACAAUUACAAAGAAAAUCUAAACAAAAAUCAUCCCAGAGCAAAAUGCAAUCUCAAAAUACUCAAGAUGAAAACGAUGAAACCACAUUCCAAUCACUUCCAGUGAAUCUCAACUCAAAUUUUGAAUACAACGAAGAAAACGAGGAUCUAUUGACCACUUCGUCCAUUAAACUCAUUGAUUUAGAUGAAUCAUCUUCUAGUCAUACGAAAGAGGGAACAUUAAAUUGCUCCAGACCAAUAAAAACACCACACAUAACAGGUAAUCCACGAACGGAUUAUGAAUCAACAAGCUGCACAGUUUUUGCAUCUCGUAAUGCACGAUUUUUGGACACAAAAAUGAUGAGUACAUCUCCUUCGGCCAAUUAUUACAGACCCACUGAAGAGCCAGAACCUCUAGACUUAACCCAACUAAAUAUUGAAGCUAGUGUCAUGUGUUUAGUAAGUAAAAUUAAAUUUUUAUGUGGACGGUGCGGUAGCCCAGCAAUACGCUUAAGACAUCCUAAAGUGGCCAUGAAAAGGUCAGGGUUUAGCAACAAUCCAGUACCAGAUGUUUUAGAUAACGGCAAUUCUCAGGAAACUUCUUGUAUUGACAAUAAAGAAUAUGCCGAAGGUAGCCAUUCUCCAAAUGGAAAUAGUAAUGGUUUAAAUUUGGAUUUAACACAACCCAUACUUUCAAAUGAUAAUCCUACAUCAUCCACAAAGAAAGGAAACAAAUUUACUGAUGGUCUCGACCUAUCUCUUACUACCGAUUGGGCGUCAGAAUUACGGCCUUCAAUGCGUAAAUUGCGACAUGCCAUGGAUGGUCUGUUAAAAACGGCGCGUCUUAUGCAUUCUGUACAACGUUUACAACAGAAUAUGGAUAGAAUUAGCAUGAAUUUGGAAAUCAUGUACAGAAGAGAUGUUUGCUUUUCACAGGCAUUAACAGCACUUGUUAGUGCAUUGAUGGCAAAAUUGUGGGGCAAUGAAAUAACGCACAAUUUUAUAAAAAUUCUGUGUGAUCUGGGUCCUCUAGCCUAUUUCGAAGGUUUACUAUCACUCUAUGGCAGUGAAAUAGACAUGUGGGGUGAUAUGUGUAUUGCUAUAGAAGACUUACUGGCUGUGGAUUUCAUAUUAGUGCGUUGCAAUUUGCCAAACAACGAUCAACAAUCGGUACCAACACCUCGUGUAAAUGGUUCUAGGCAAUCUUUGUGCAUUCAUCUUCCGAUACCCGAACAUGUUUACGCGCUUUUACCCACCAAACAAACGGUCAACUUUAAGGUUACACCAGUUUUCUUUAAUAUUGGCAUCAACGAAAAGGCCACUCUUGCCGAGGCUGUUGGACGCACCCGAGAGCAGCAUCGUUCCAAUUGGGACAAUUAUGUACGGCUCAAGCAGUAUUAUUCGCGAUUCCGCAAAUUACCUCUACAAGCACCAGAGACUCCCAGUAAAAAUGAACCACAUAAACCAGCCUCUGAACUUCUGUUGAAUAUUUUGAAUUUUAUGGAAGAACAACUGAAGGCUAAUGUAUCAAAAAAUGUAAAAAUCUUACAUUUAGCAGAAGAUGCGUGUCGCCUAAUGUCCGGUUUACGGUUCACUUCCUGCAAAAGUGCCAAAGAUCGAACUGGAAUGUCCGUAACAUUGGAACAGUGUCGGGUACUGGUUCAAGAAUUUCAAUUGCCUGCAAAAAGUGUUCCAUACGUUUUAAAUACCAUGAGAAGCGAGGGCUGUCGUAUGGAUAAUGUCUACAAGAAUAUUGAUAAACGUAAAUACGCUUUCAAUUUGCCUCAAGUUUUAAGUUUGCCGGCCAUGUAUAGGCCCCCGGUGGGAGCUUACGGUAAGGCAGAGACUUAAAGAGUAGCAAUGCAGAAUCUCCUUUUAACUACAUACAUACAAAUUGUUAAAUGAAAAUGUUUUAGAAUUUAGAUUAAACUUAAGAUGAAACUACGCUUAAAACCGACAUUUUAAAGCACAUGUACUUUAGUUUUGAACUCAUUCAAACACAAUUAGAUUUAAAUUUAUGGUUAAAGUAAUAUUGUUGCUGGAAAAGGCAUAUUAAAAAUAUCUUAAUCCUGUUAUUAAAUUUUUUGUUUUUAAAUUAUUUUACACAAUUUUGUAAAGAUUUUAAUUUAUUGUUAAAACAAAUUUAAUUUAUGAAAUACUACUACGUCCUUUUUUGUUUUAAAUUAAUUUUAAAUAUUUUUAACGAAAACUAUUGUGCCAAAUAUUUAAUACCAAUUAUAAAAUGUUAAAACAUAAAAAAACACAUCGUUAUUACCGACAGAAGGGGCAUGAAUAAUAAAGUGUAAAAAUAAAUA